CGAUCUUUUGCUUCCUUGCAAAAUUUCUCGUCGCAAUUAGGCCAAACCAAUUGAUUUUUUUAUGGUUAAAAUUAUUCUUGCAAUAUCUAUAAAUUCUAUAAGGCUAUCAACAAAAUGACAACAAUAAAGUCAUAUGUUUGUAGUGUUCGGUUUUCAAUAAUUGUAGUUUUUUGUGUUAUGGUGCUGGGCACAAUUGGAUACUUCGCCUUCGCAAACACUCACAAUGAAAGUACUGCCGAUGGAGCACAAAGUGAUCACAGCACACAUGAUGAACAUAGCUCGCAGCACAUCGAUGGAGAUCAUGAUGAUCAUGCCAAUUUCAGUGCCACCAUUGCUAUACCACAAAUAGUGCUAUGGGAGCAAGAUGAAGAGAUUAAAAUUUUACGUGAUUAUUUGCGAAUUCCCACACCACAUCCAGAUAUUGAUUACAAGCCGUGCGUGAAUUUUUUGCAAGUAUUGGCAUCAAAUUUGAAUUUCUCAAUGCAAAUUUCUUACCCGGCCGAUGAACAAAAUCCCAUUGUUCUUAUGACAUGGCCCGGAUCACAACCAGAGCUACCUACAAUUGUACUAAAUUCACAUAUGGACGUGGUGCCGGUUUAUGAAGAAUUUUGGACGCAUCCACCGUUUGCAGCCGAAAUGGAUAACAAAGGUAAUAUUUAUGCGCGAGGAGCUCAAGAUAUGAAAUCAGUUGGAAUGCAAUAUUUGGCCGCAAUUCGUGCCUUACACCGUGACGGUGUUCAACAAUUGAAGCGAACUAUUCAUGUGCUGUUUGUGCCCGACGAAGAAUUGGGUGGCAGACGGGGAAUGGCUGCAUUCGUAAAAACAGAUCAAUUUAAUUCGUUAAAUGUUGGCCUUCUGUUGGACGAAGGUGGGCCAGUUGAGAGUGGCCCAUUGGGCGUUCUCGUUGGUGAACGAACCAUUUGGCAAAUUGAAUUCACAUUUCAUGGACAUUCCGGCCAUGGUUCGAGAUUGUUCAACAAUACGGCAGGCGAAAAGCUAAACUAUGUACUUAAUAAAUUCAUGGAAUUCCGGAAAGAAGAAAUGAAGAAACUGAAUGAAUUGAGAUAUCCGUAUGGCAAUGUGACUACAAUUAAUCUUACCAAAGUGAAGGGAGGCGUUGAAAACAAUGUGAUACCACCCGAGAUGAGUGCCACUUUUGACAUUCGGAUUUCGAUUAAUGUCGAUCUUGACGAAUUUGAACAAAUGCUGAGGCGAUGGUGCGAUGAGGCUGGCGGUAAUAUUACAAUGAACUUUGCCGAAAGAGGGAUAAAAGAAGAAGUUACUUCGAUUGAUAGCGUAUAUUGGCAGGCCUUCAAAAAUGCAACCAAUGAAAUCGGAAUUGAGGUCGAACCGACGAUCCGAAUUGGUGCUUCAGACAGUAGAUUCAUUCGUCGUCUUGGUAUUGCAGCACUUGGUUUUUCACCGAUGCCAAAUACAAUUCCAAAAUUGCAUGAACACAAUGAAUACAUAAAUGCUGGCACUUAUCUCAAAGGCAUCGAUGCUUAUAAAAAAAUUAUUGUCAAUUUAGGCAAUUUGGGAAACGUUUAAUUUCACACAGAAAAGAAGAACGCUAUUCCGAGAAAGAAACAUACGUAAAAUGUAAUACAAACAAAAACAGUUUAAUGUCUAAUAAAGAAAGUCGUUUUUUGUUACAAUUUUGUA